CCGGCCAUGGAGCUGAGGAGAUCCAUCUCGGCCAGCGCGGAGGCCGAGAGACCCAUGAGACGCUACGGGGCAGUGGAGGAGACGGAGUGGAAGGCGGAGGCGCUGGGGAGAAAUCAACUUGACAUCAUUUCAAUGGCUGAAACAACAAUGAUGCCCGAGGAAAUAGAGCUAGAGAUGGCAAAGAUCCAGAGACUUCGGGAAGUCUUAGUCAGAAGAGAAUCAGAACUCAGGUUUAUGAUGGAUGACAUUCAGCUGUGCAAAGACAUUAUGAACCUUAAGAAGGAGCUGCAGAGCUUGGUAGCUAUCCCAGAAAAAGAAAAAACAAAGAUGGAGAAACAAAGAGAAGAUGAACUGAUUCAGAAGAUUCAUAGACUGGUGCAAAAAAGAGAUUUUCUUGUAGAUGAUGCAGAGGUGGAGAGAUUACGGGAGAAAGAAGAAGACAAGGAGAUGGCUGAAUUCCUCCGCACCAAGUUAAAACCCUUAGACAAAGCAACACAGUCUCUUACCAGCAGCCCAACAGAAAAGAAGGCAGAACCUCCUCCAAGCAAGCCCGCCAUUGCCAAGGCAGGAUUGGCCAUCAUUAAAGAUUGCUGUGGAGCCACACAAUGCAGCAUCAUGUAGCUCUGGGCUCUCUACCAUGUUUGUUGUCUUUUCAGAUGUUUUCACUGAAGGAAACUGUAGGGUAGAGGCAUCUAACAGCAUCCCACUAAAUGAACGAAGAUCAACUGUGGUGCAGCUGUAACACAUGGAAUGUACAAUGGCAGGUUCUUCACUGUUGCAUGGAUCACUCAACACGCAUGCCUAAAAAAGCAAGAAAUCCAUAUAGUGGCUGUCCAGUGACCAGAAGAGAUCUGUAAUACUGUUAACAAAAAUAUCCCUGUGAUAAAAGUGAAAGAAGUUUCAUCAAGUAAUGUGUAAAAAAGCAAUUUUAGUAGGUCACUUCAUAAGAAUUUGUUGUAUACCUUCCUCCUCUCACAAACAACACUCAAACAUUUGCUGGAAUAUUCUGUUUUGGCUACUUUUUAAAAUAAGAGCCACAGAUAGCACUGCAGUAUGUAAGACAACUGAUAGAUUAAAUUAAACAAUUUUAGGGUAACUGAUGUUACAUGCAAAAUCAUCAUCACAUUAGCUUGUAAGUUAACUACUUUGCUGUGAAGUUUCACUUUGAAUUGUUUCUCAAAACUAAAUGUCAGUAACAAGAAUGCUGCAAGCAGAUAUAGAUCUUAUACCCUCUGAUUUCUGAGUUACUCAAAAUAUGCUUUCACUGGGAAAAGUAAGUCUUGGUAAAGCUCUAGAAAGCACAGCUACAGUGAUUGGUAUGUAAAGGAUUAUUCCAGCUGUCUUAUUUCUCUCACAGCUCUUCACUUCACAGAGUCAGAGGGGUAAUUGCAAAAUUUUUUGCCUACUAAAGUUGUAUGCAUUAUGAGAUUACCUGCCAGUGAUGGGCUGCUGGGAGAAGAGCUGAACACACCAACACAGAACCAACAUUUAACUAUUAGCUUAAAACCAACUAUUAAUUGCAUAAUUAAUGACCAUGAGAAAUAGAAGCUAUUAAGUGUGGGGAGACAUUAGCUACCCAAUACAAAUUGGCCACAAGACAAAUAUAAAAAUACAGAAGCAGACACUUGUGGUAUGAAGAUGACCAUAUUCUACACAAAAUAGGUUGAAAAUUAAGGGCAAUACAGAAAGACUUGUGUGUUUCUCCAUUUAAUGCAUUUCUGGUCUCUAUGCAGAUUAAAACUGUAGAAUUUAAUAUUAGCUGUCAGUAGCUGGUGUGUGACUAUGUGUAUUGUGAUAGGUGUAAAUAAUAACAUAAAUGUACAUGAUACAAUGUGAAAACAAUCUCAGGCUUAGAAGUAACAAACCGAUAGCAAAAGUCCUUCAAGUAAGAAAGUUUUAAAGAGUAGCUUCAACUUUGCAAAACCAGCCAAGUUAGAUGUGCACUUGUAUACAAAAGAACCACAAAAGUAUACAAAAGUUAUGCAUAAAGGGGAAAAAUACCAACAGCAGAGCUACCCAAAAAGAAUAGACUUGUUUUUAGAGAAAGUAUCUUACCAAGUUUUGAGGAGAAACACCAUCAAGAGUAAAUCAAUAUGUUCUUGUACAAAUUAAAAACAACUCUCUAGAAUUGGACUGGUUCAAUGAAGAACAUUUGCACUUCCAGAAUCACUGCAGACUCGCUUGUGAUGCAGGACUGGCGGUGACAAGAUCCUUAAGAUUUAAGGGUUGAGGAAGAAAUAACACCAAAGGCUUCCACUAAGACAUGAAGCACAUUACAUACUUUGUUCAAAGAUGUGGAAAGAAAACACGUCCAAGGCUGAAUAGUCAGAUACAGUUGGACACCCAUUGCACAACAUAUAAGGCUCUGUAGCUGUUAACAGCUACUCUGUCUGGUAUGAAUUGGAGGCUGUAUAGCACCCAUGUACUUAUGGGAGUUCUGGGUGGAACUGCUUUGCCUAUAGGGGAAAAUACCACUGACUUCUGGCCAGUUCAGCAGAAUUUGCUGGUACCCUAUUAAGAUACUGAUAAUUCCUGAUGUCUUAAGGUAUAGAUGUGUUACAUCACAAAGUCAAAGGGAAGUUAAAAAAUUACAACUUGCAGGGAAGCCUUAGAAGGGUCCACUGUUACAAUCAAGUAUUGCAAAUGCCAGUAAGUGAAGGGAUUCACAUACAGGUAUCAGAAGACAAGAGGUGACUUAAGAACAUGAGAGUUUAAACCAGGCUGUGCUGAUGACCAGGAUAUGUCCUAUGUGCCACACAGCUGCCUACCACCACUCCCUUAGAAAGAAAAAGCAAUCAGCAAAACAUAGGUCUGUAAUUAAAAUUUCACUGACAUAAAAUGAAGCAAAGGCCCAACAAAUGUGAACAUGAUAUGCCCUGAGGGACUUGAUAAACAGCAGUAUUAAUGAAAGUAAACUUUAUUUCCAGAAGCACUACCUUAGCUGAAAGGUUUUCCGUAUGUGGCUCCUUUGGAUGGGGAGCUCACAAUGCUGUUCCACAGUAAAGUUGUUUUCUUUUUUUACAAAAAUAAAAGGCUGAGCUCUCAGCUGGGGUCAGCAGCACUGGUGUACGGUGUUGUCCAUCCAGAACACAGCAGAGCCCUGAUGGUUUGCUUCAAACAACAGCUGUGAUUGAACAAAUUAAACUUGGGAACUGUGCAGAAAUCAGUCCUUGUGUUAAGAAAUGAGACAAAAAUACAGUACUUACCCUCAAGUAUCAUAGCUUCCAUAACCCAAUGAAUACAGAACAGUGUGCACCCCCCCCCCCCCCAGUUCAAAACCAGCAGAAAACUUGAGACAAGAACAUGUAGGUGGCCACACAGCGCACCUGCCAUCAUUUCAGAGCCAGUUCUCCAAUGCCUGUCAACUGUCUGCAAAAGGGAAAUCUGUUUGACCAAAGCAUGUAAAACCUUUUCUUGAAGUUCUGGCUGUUCAUCCAGCCAAAAAGGCAGCAAGGCGUCAGAGAGAGGAAAAUUGGAGGUAGAUUAACACUUCUCUGUGAGCCGGUAAACGUGGCUAAGCUCUAGGAAGGAUCUCAGUUUGCAACAAGAAAAGUGACAAAGUGCUAUUUGUACUGAUCAGUAGUUCUACCAGCAAAUGGUUCUCUUGUACCCUUCCCCUAGGUCUGCUGACUCUUCAGCAAAGUUAAAUGUAUUUCCAAAUAAACUA